AUGGCAUCUUACGUGACAAUUGAAAAGCAGUACUUUGAAACCUUGCUCAGACGUACUCAGGUUGCACCGGCUAACUUGUACUCUCGUUAUACGCUGCAGGGCCAAAGUGUAUCGUCUUCUGAAUUCGACACGCCUGCUGAUAUCCCGACUGUGACAAUACUGAAACCUGAUCAUGAUGAUAUGAGCCGCAGAUGUCGUGAAUAUGUCGAGAAGGAUACUUAUGAGUGGCAUGCAGAGAACCUGAAGCGAGCUCUUUAUCAAGGCGGGGUUGAGCAGUCGUCUAUAGAAACACUCAUAAAGGAUUCCGGUGUUCCACAAGGGGCAUCUACUACCAAUGGAGAUUAUUCUUCGAAUGGAUACUCCCGGACUAGCUAUGAACCAACCCAGAACUCUGAGGGAACCGAACCGGCGAAUAGAUACUCUGGCAGGGUGAAUGCUAGGUCUGGAACGGGGACUCAUCAGCCAAGCUUCAAUGAUAGGUCAACUAGGGCUCAUACUGAGGAACAAUCGCCGAUGCACCAUGGCUCCUUUGACAACAAUGACGAUGAUUCAUUCCCAAGCGAUGAUAGACUGGAAUCGCCUAUAGGUGAUGGACCCUCAGCCCCUGCCUCCUCGAGACAUGGGGUAAACGGCACCGAGAACCGGACGGUAGCGAUCAAAAACGUCCCUGAGCGAGCUACGCACCGUGACAUCACCGCAGUCGUUCGAGGAGGAGCGCUGGUGGAUGUCUUCCUUCGAUCCAGAGACCACAUGGCAAGCGUCUCCUUUGCGGAUACAAAGGCUGCUCAGGAGUUUUAUACAUACGCUAAGCGCUGCAAUCUAUGCAUUCUUGAUAGACCGGUCGACAUAUCCUGGGCAGAACGCCAAUACUCUCUAUCAACAUACCUCUCGUCCCAAAUGGCAAAUGGUGCAUCUCGCAACCUCAUCAUCCGCGGCGUGCAUCCGAACAUCACUGAAUCGAUGAUCCGCGAAGACAUGAGGCAUAUCCAUAACCUGAUAAUAGUCAGCCUCACGUUCAAUCAUGGAAACGUCUACAUUUCAACCAACUCCGUCCAAAAGGCUUCCUUUGCUCGUAACUGUAUGAUGUCCCGCAUGCCAUACCGGAUCAUGAGGAUCGAAUACUAUCAAGACGAGUGUGCAGAUCCACUGCCCAAGAUUAAGGAGACGCCGGUUAAAGUGCCAUCGCGUCCAGCCAAGACGCUGAAUCCCAUGGCCAAUCGGUUCCAGAUGCUUCAUCUUGAUGAGUCCGAGGACGAGUCGGAUGAUCAGGAUGAUGUGGAGAGCAACGGUCCCUUGGGAGGUGGAAUUAGUUGGCGCAACAAUACGAUUGCUGUCUAA